UACCUUUCAGUUAACAAGUUUCUGUUUGGUAAAUAUACUUGUACAAUACAAAAGCCUACCAAAAUACUUCCAUAACAGACGGUCAGAGGAAAAUGACAUGCUCUGUCAUGCUCUGUUAGUUCCUUUGGUUUAAUUACGAUGAUUUUUCGCUUAAUAUAUAAGGCGGCAGUGACUAAGUAUGUCGAGUGAUACGCGUGACUGCGCGCAGCCCGAAGCGGAGCGGCGUGGUUCUGAGGGGGGUAACACGGUAGAGGCCGCGGAGGACCCCGAAGGACAGGCCGCAGAAAAGGAGGCGGAAAGCGGCAGCCAAGCAAACGGGACGGAGCCCCUGUCAAAGAGACAGAGGAAGCGGCUGCUGAGGCACCAGCAAUGGGAGGAGCAGAGGGACCUCCGCAAGCAGAGGCGCAAGGAGAGAAAGCAGAAAAGGCGGCUGGGGCGCCCCCCGCAGGCGGAGGAUGGGGUGGAGUGGGUGCGACGCAAGCGGCUGUGCCGGGAGGCCACACCCAGCAGCCUCCGUUUGGUGGUGGAUUGCAGCUUCGACAGUCUCAUGACAUUGAAGGAUGUUAAGAAACUCCACAAGCAGAUCCAGAGGUGCUAUGCUGAAAACAGGAGAGCUUUACACCCUGUGCAGUUCUAUCUGACCAGUCAUGGUGGACAGUUAAAGCAGAAUAUGGACGAGAAUGACAAAGGAUGGGUGAACUGGAAGGACAUCAACAUCAGGCCAGAGCAAUUCCACCAGGUCAUCAGCAAAGAGGAGGUGGUGUACCUUACUUCGGACUCUCCCAACGUGCUGACGGAGCUGGAUGAGAGCAAGGCCUAUAUCAUUGGCGGUCUCGUUGACCACAACCACCACAAGGGGAUUACCUUCCAGCGAGCUCAGGAGCUUGGGAUUGACCACGCCCAGCUCCCACUGGGAAGCUUUGUCAAGAUGAACAGCCGCAAGGUGCUGGCUGUUAACCAUGUUUUUGAGAUCAUACUGGCAUACUUGGAAAAAAGGGACUGGCAGCAGGCCUUCUUCACUAUCUUGCCCCAGAGAAAAGGGGCCAUUCCCUUGGAACAGGAGGGCGGCGCUGAUGGGCAGAAAGAGCAGGAGCAAGAUUCGGACAGUGACUCUGACUCGGCCCUGGGAAUAGAGGAAGAGACCAGUACAAAGGAGGUACAGGAAAGCAAAUGCAGAAAGUCUGAGGACGGUCCCAUCCAAUCGGGACAGGCCAGCGCUGAAGGAAGCGCCGCGUAGAACAAUCAGGGAAACUGAGCUUCAAGUUCUUUCCAUUUUUAUUUUAAAUUCUGUAUUCUGUUUGUCAUUUUUAAGCCUCCCCCCUGAUAUGAUGGGGUCACAGUGGCCUUAUUAAAAACUUCUGAGUACUUGACGCACAUCAUAUGCAUGUUGUCAUUGUACAUUUUAAAAGGAAAGCAUAAAAACAUUUACAAUAUGUUGUGUUGCAAAGAAACUCUGAACUUAUCCAAGAUAAGUCCAAAAUGUGACGGAUCUUUUCUUUACCCACAUCUUCCUCCUGCUUAAUCCAUCCAUUUGUCUGCAGAAGCUCCAGUGUAUCCUCAUGUCCCCCUUCCUUGGCUGAUCCCGCAGCUGCUUGUAUUCUGCAUGCGUCACAGCUUGCCACAUCUUUGUGUGCUUCCUGCAGCUUGCCACCAGGUACUCAAUCCCCUUGUCAUGCAGAGUACCCUCUUCCAGGAGAGCUGACAGUUUGUAGAUACUAAACACCAAAGCGCCGCCUUAGGUUACCGAAACGUAUGACUUGAUCAGUGCCUUUUUCUUUUAACCUACGCAAGUGACAUUACUAUGAAUCUUUCCUGUAGCUGCAUUUUUUUUGUUUGUUUUUUUGUUUUAACACUUGAUGGUGUUAAGGUGACUUACACUGGUAGAAAUGACAAAAGCCCGCCUUGGCAGAUGAGGUUACUGGCUCUCUGGCUGUAGUACGUCCUGCCUAUUUCUGACCCUUGAUCACCAUCCUGCUUUUUCACCCAUCAAUGCUGCUUUAAGUUGGCUGUUGGCUGGCUGAGCUCAAGUAACCCCAAGUCAAGGUCAACGGAGAUAAACUCGCACUGUCAAGCUCACCACAAAGAGCAGUGGGUAUCUGCUGCUAAGCUUAUCCCGACUGCCUUGCUGUUGCUACAUCAUCAUACAUAUCUAAUGUAUUAUUAUUCUGGAAUGACAGCAAAAUUCAAGGCAACAAUGUUGCCUUAAAGCCCAAGUGAUCACCAGGUUGGUUUAGGUUCUUGCAAUGUUAGUCUGCAUUUCGGCGGGCACUCUGCUGGGUUAUCAGGCUUAAGAGUUUUUUUUUUUUUUUUUAAACAUGAUCCUAUGUAAAGACAGUUCAGUGGAUGGUGUUUUUGAAUGUGAUGUACAAAAUUAAUAGUUUGGGUGUUAUUUCUCAUUUUAUUCUGAAUGCUAUUUUUAUGAAUAAAAAUUGUUAUGAGUAAAUAGCAUUAACAGCCA